CCCGCCUACCUUCUACAAUCCAGCCAAUCAGGAAAGGGUGUGGGCAUGGGCUAACAUCCUUCCAACACCCUGCUGCUUUAUCUGUCAAAGCUGGAGAAGUUCAACCGUGAUUGUAGGGGAUGAAAAGCCCAGAGCUGGAGGAAGGAUUUCGGCUCAGAAUACAUGCUGAAGAGAAAAAAACGAAGCUUUGAGGGGAGAAUUUGUCAUUUGAAGAGAAGAAACGAAGAGAAGAAGGAACGAAAAAGCCAUUUUCGCUCAGCUUGGUGUUUCUCCUGGAGUUUCUUAUCAGACGAGGAAGGAGUGAUGGAAGGUUGGGGGAGGUUUCAGACGUUGCCUUGCUAUGUGGCCGCCUCUCAGGUGCUGGGGGUUGCGUGCGUGGUGCUCACGGGCGUGUGGAUGGGACACUACCACGGGGGCUACGCCUGGGACAGCUCGCAGCAACAGUUCAACGUGCACCCGCUCUGCAUGGUCAUGGGCCUCGUCUUCCUCUACGGAGACGGUGUGCUGGUGUACCGUGUGUUCAGGAAUGAGAGCAAACGCUCAGUGAAGAUCCUCCAUGCUCUGCUGCACAUGAUGGCCCUCGUUAUCAGCAUUGUGGGUCUGGUGGCCGUAUUUGAUGUCCAUAAUAAAGCCGGCUUUCCUAACAUGACCUCUCUGCAUAGCUGGUGUGGCAUGCUGACCUUCAUCCUCUUCCUCAUACAGUGGCUGCUGGGAUUGGGCUUCUUCCUGUUUCCCUGGGCAUCAGCAGUGCUACGGAGAUGGUAUCUGCCACUGCAUGUGUUCUUUGGCCUGGUGCUGCUGGCCAUGGCAGUAGGAUCCUCACUCAUGGGCAUUGCCGAGAAGGCGAUCUUCAGUGGCCUGCCACCAUUUGCUCCAGAGGAAGUUCUGACCAACAUGCUCGGCCUGCUGCUGGUGUGUUUCGGGGUUCUCGUGGGCUACGUGGUGACCCGAGAAGAGUUCAGACGACCGCCUAAUCCAGAAGAAGAGGCUUUGUCUGUUCACUUCAACACUCUGACUGAGGACUCCAGGCCCAGCACGCCUUAACCAAACACCAAGAAUUCAACACCCCAGCUUCAGAUUCCUCUCCAGCCUCUUUAUUUCUGUUCAAACACUUCUCACUUCCUGUGUGUGUGUUUGUGUGUGUGUGUGUGUAGAAAGUUUAGGAAGAUCAUCUUCAUGCCUGUAAACGUUUUUGGAUUAGAGUAUGUAAAGACUUCUCACUGUCCAUGUUCUGUAUCAGAAAUAAGAUUUGCUUUAUGUAAAACUGCCUGACGUAUGAUUUUGUAAUUCCACGUGCGUAUUUUAUGGAAGCAUUAGAGGGAGCGAAAUGUCAUUAUGUAAUAUGUAAACUUAAUGCAAAAAUAAAAUGAUAUAAUUUACAUUUAUCAUUUACAACAAUAGUUUUAAUAAGCAAAUUACAUCCUAAUUUGAAUGCUUUGUAAGUUGUGAAAAAAAAUGUUAACGUUUUACCCAAAAUGAUUUGAUAUGUGUAACAUGUCUGAGCAGAAAUGGGAGUAAAACGAUCAUUUAAAUGUUAUUUGUCCUGAAUGCAUUGCAUUUUGGAAUACAAACUAAAUUUUGCUACAAAUAUUCCACGGCAUUAUGAUGAAAAUGCGAUCCCAAGUGUCCUAACUGUGAGUCUAAAUGCAUUUAGGACAAAUAACAAUUUACACAAAUCUAAUCAAAUCAAUUUGGGUAAAACAUUUUCAUUUUAAUUAGUAUGUAAUUUACAUAUUAAAACUACAAUUAUAUAAUUGAAUUUUCAUUUUCCUUCUGCACCAAAACUUGGUUUUUGUUGGGAAUGAUGAUGAUGGACAGGAUUAGAAAUGAGUUUAUUAGAGGGACAGCGCAUGUAGGACGUUUUGGAGACAAGGUGAGGGAGGUG